UUAGUUCCGAUGUGCCAAUUACCCGGAGGUAUUAAGGCACCAUAAAUAAUCCUCACCCGAGGACGCUCGAAAAAUCCCCCUUCAGUGGGUUAUCAGCUUAAAUACACAUCGGAAAAAGUUAAAGUUAAAUACAAUGAAUGACAUUUUAAAUUUUAUAUUUUUUGACGAAUUCGCUGAUCACAAUUUACCAACGAACUAUCGAAGGCCACGUAAAAUAAAACCACGUAUAAAUUAUAUAGAAGUAUUAGACGAAGUUGACUUUAAAAACAGAUUUAGAAUAUCAAAAAAUAGUUUUAUGAUAUUGUUAAAAAGAAUAGAAAACCAAAUUCGGCAAAAUACUGAUUGUAAUGAUGCUAUUCCACCUAUCAUACAGUUAUUAGUUGCCCUACGUUUCUACGCAACAGGAUCUUUCUUGCAAAUUAUUGGAGAUUUCUGUGGCAUUAGUACAUCUAGUACUCAAAGGAUUGUUUAUCGUGCAUCUUGUGCUAUUGCUACGUUAAGACAGGAGUUAAUAAAACUUCCGUUAUUACCUGAAGAAAUUCGUCAAAAUGAGGAGGAAUUUUAUCAAACUGCCAAAUUUAUUCGCGCUAUUGGCUGUAUGGAUUGCACUCACAUAAAAAUACAAUCAUAUAGUGAGUAGAAUUUAAAUAUAUAUACAUAUAUAUACACA